CCGUAGUUGCAAUUAGGGAACCGACUCCCUCAUCUAAGUAUCUAGCCUCUUGGCUUUAGGAAGAAGAAAACACUGUAGAAAAUCAGUCUCUUCCCUAAGCUUAAGCUCUCUCACCGCUCUUUACGCUUCUCUUCGAUAAUGGGACAGGGCACACCCGGCGGCCUAAAUCGGCAGGGCGGCCUUCCGGGAGACCGCAAGAACGACCCCGACAAGAAGGACAAAAAGUUCGAGCCCGCAGCCCCGCCUUCUCGCGUCGGCCGGAAGCAGCGGAAGCAGAAGGGUCCAGAAGCCGCCGCUCGGCUGCCGACUGUAACUCCACUCACCAAGUGCAAAUUGAGGCUUCUUAAAUUGGAGCGCAUCAAGGAUUACCUUCUGAUGGAAGAAGAAUUCGUCGCCAAUCAGGAGAGGUUGAAACCGCAGGAGGAGAAGAACGAGGAGGAUAGAUCCAAGGUUGACGAUUUGCGUGGUUCUCCGAUGAGUGUGGGGAAUCUGGAGGAGCUGAUUGAUGAGAAUCAUGCCAUCGUUUCGUCUUCGGUUGGACCUGAGUACUAUGUGGGCAUUCUGUCCUUUGUGGAUAAGGACCAGCUAGAGCCUGGCUGUGCUAUCCUCAUGCACAAUAAGGUUCUCUCUGUUGUUGGAAUUCUUCAAGAUGAGGUUGAUCCUAUGGUCUCUGUAAUGAAGGUUGAAAAGGCUCCUCUGGAAUCAUAUGCUGACAUAGGUGGGUUGGAUGCCCAGAUCCAGGAAAUUAAAGAAGCAGUAGAGCUUCCUCUUACACAUCCUGAAUUAUAUGAAGAUAUUGGGAUCAAACCUCCUAAAGGAGUUAUACUCUAUGGCGAGCCUGGAACUGGGAAAACAUUGCUUGCCAAGGCAGUUGCAAAUUCAACAUCAGCUACUUUCUUGCGUGUGGUUGGAAGUGAAUUGAUACAGAAGUACUUGGGAGAUGGCCCAAAAUUGGUCAGAGAACUCUUCAGAGUUGCGGAUGAGCUUUCACCAUCAAUUGUCUUCAUUGAUGAAAUUGAUGCAGUUGGCACAAAGAGGUAUGAUGCACAUUCAGGUGGUGAACGUGAAAUUCAAAGAACUAUGUUGGAGCUACUCAAUCAGUUAGAUGGUUUUGAUUCAAGAGGUGAUGUUAAGGUAAUCCUUGCAACAAAUAGGAUUGAAAGUCUUGAUCCUGCUUUGCUACGUCCUGGACGAAUAGACAGAAAGAUUGAGUUUCCUCUUCCUGACAUUAAAACUAGGAGACGCAUUUUUCAGAUACAUACAUCAAGGAUGACCUUGGCUGAUGAUGUUAAUCUAGAAGAGUUUGUAAUGACCAAGGAUGAGUUUUCUGGGGCAGAUAUCAAAGCAAUUUGUACAGAAGCUGGCCUGCUUGCUUUAAGAGAGCGUCGGAUGAAGGUGACCCAUGCAGAUUUUAAGAAAGCAAAGGAAAAAGUGAUGUUCAAAAAGAAGGAAGGUGUACCGGAAGGACUCUAUAUGUAAAAGCUGACAAUGGUUUCAGUCUGGAAAAUGCUCCAUGUCAUUUGUAUCAACUUUCUGAGCUUGAAUUACUUGAAGCCAUGGGGCUUAGAACCCUUCAUAAAGGAAAGUGAUCAUUUUGGAUAAUUUUAAUCUUUUUCAAGAUACUUGGUUUGACACAAGUUAUGCUGGUCAUGCAAGAUUAUGUUGACAGUGAAUUUGGGAUGUUAAUCUUUGGAAAUGCCAGUGAUUCUCAUGGCUUCUUUUAUAGCUACUCUCAGCUAACUUACAGUGCUUUCGCAAGAUAUCUCAAGAAUA